CAAAAUAUUAUAAAAAAAAGAGUACAAGACAAAAGGUUGCUGGCUCGACUCGCAUUGCCUGUCACGACUCCGACGCGUCGACGAGGAGGAGGAGAAAAGGCCGCCGCGCAUUCCUGCACGCGAAGUCGAUCGUCGUCCAUGACCGUCUCUGGGGCCCGCCCGCCGUCCACGGAGGAGGAGGAGGCAGUGGCGGCGUGCAGGAGCAAGAAGCGGUCGUCGAUCCUCGGGACCCUCCGUGAGGCGAUCAGGAAGGUCCGGUUCCUGCUCUCCUCCGGCGCGACGCGGUGGAUGCUGCUCGCGCGGGCCGCGCCGCGCCGCGGCCUCAGCUUCGGCUCGCGGCCCCCGGGCCUGCUCGACGUCGAGGGCAGCAUCGUGUCGCCGGCCUCCUCCUCCAGCUCCAGGACGUCCAGGUCGGCGAGCCUCGGGACGGCGACCACGAGGAGCCUGUCGCUGGCGAGCAGCGCGGCGGCGGCGUCGCCGGAGGCCGCGUCCAGCGGCGGGUCGCCUGCAACGUCGGGCGGGGACAGCGACGUCGACCGCCGCGCGGAUCUGUUCAUCUCCAACUUCCGCAGGCACCUGGAGAUGGAGCGGCAGGUCUCGCUGCAGCUGCGGUACGUCAGGCUCAACAGCUGGGACAGGACGUCCAGUCCUUCCAGCGGAUGAUUAUCCUUAGGCGCAUAGCAAAGCAGGAUCGAGAGGCAGAGAAACUUUGUCGAAGGCGCGGUGAAUGGAUCUAGAUGGGUAUUUUACCCGCAUCAUUUCUGCACAUUCUUUUGUUUUAGAUAGUACAGUUUUUAAUUUUUUGAAACUGAUGAUUGAGAGUGUAAAUACAAAACAAUUGGCAGUCAGCCGGCAAUAUCAAAGCAGAUGUUCAGUUUUGACUUUUGGUUA